CAGCGGCGGCACGGGGUGAAAUUUCUGGAAGGUGCGGCCAGAGCGGGGCCGGGAUCGGGAUCAGGGUCGGGAUCGGCAGCAGGGUCGGGCCGGGGGCCGCGGGCGGUGACGGCCCCCAGCGCCGCCGCCAUGAACCACAAGAGCAAGAAGCGGAUCCGUGAGGCGAAGCGCAGCGCCCGGCCCGAGCUGAAGGACUCGCUGGACUGGACCCGUCACAACUACUGCGAGACCUUCCCCCUCAGCCCCACCGCCUGCAAGGAUAACGUGGAGAGGGCCGAUGCACUCCAGUUAACAGUGGAGGAGUUUGUUGAGCGCUAUGAGAAGCCUUACAAGCCCGUGGUGCUGCUGAACGCUCAGGUGGGCUGGUCUGCCCAGGAGAAGUGGACGCUGGAGCGGCUCAAACGCAAGUACAGGAACCAGAAGUUCAAAUGUGGGGAGGACAAUGAUGGUUACUCCGUGAAGAUGAAGAUGAAAUAUUACAUCGAGUACAUGGAAACCACACGUGAUGACAGCCCCCUGUACAUCUUUGACAGCAGCUAUGGAGAGCAUCCCAAGCGAAGGAAACUCCUGGAGGACUACAAGGUCCCCAAAUUCUUCACUGAUGAUUUGUUUCAGUAUGCAGGGGAGAAACGAAGGCCACCCUACAGAUGGUUUGUGAUGGGCCCACCUCGUUCUGGAACAGGAAUUCACAUUGAUCCCUUGGGCACCAGUGCCUGGAAUGCCUUAGUGCAGGGCCACAAGCGUUGGUGCCUGUUCCCAACCAGCACCCCCAGAGAGCUGAUCAAGGUGACACGGGAGGAGGGGGGCAACCAGCAGGACGAGGCCAUCACCUGGUUCAAUGUCAUCUAUCCUCGGACACAGCUUCCCACCUGGCCCCCCGAGUUCAAACCCCUGGAAGUCUUACAGAAACCAGGAGAGACAGUCUUUGUGCCAGGUGGCUGGUGGCAUGUAGUCCUCAACCUUGACACAACUAUUGCCAUCACACAAAACUUUGCCAGCUGUACCAACUUCCCAGUGGUGUGGCACAAGACAGUGAGAGGGAGACCCAAACUGUCACGGAAAUGGUACAGGAUCCUAAAGCAGGAGCAUCCUGAAUUGGCAGCCUUGGCUGAUUCAGUUGACCUGCAGGAAUCUACUGGUAUUGCUUCUGACAGUUCUAGUGAUUCUUCCAGUUCAUCAAGUUCCAGCUCCUCAGACUCUGAUUCAGAGUGUGACUCUGGCUCUGAGACCGAGGGGAUGAUGCACCGCAGGAAGAAGCGGAGGACGUGUGGGAUGAUGGGGAACGGGGACACCACUUCCCAGGACGACUGCGUGAGCAAAGAGCGCAGCUCCUCCAGGAUUAGGGAAUCUUGUGGAGGCCGCAGCUACCCCUGAGGGAUAACACCACCUACCCAGAGGCAGCUGCUGAUGGAAGCUCUGUUAGCAGCCAGCCAGCUCUGUCCUACUCCCUCCUGCUUCUGUUUCUCACACUCCUUAAGUUUUUAUUACUCUUCCUCGAUCCAGACAUCUUCGUUUCGUGCUGUCCAAGGUUGGCUCCUGAAUAACCUGUAGGGGAGCACCCCAACUGUGUCCUUUGUGCAAUGCUUUGUCCCCUCUGACCCCUGCACUACAACCCAGCUGUGGGUAAGGACAUGCCAAGUAUUUCAUGGGUCACAGAACUGGCAAGGAAGGCAACGGUCAGUUUUUAAAGAACUCUUUUUAAAACCAGCAGGUAAAUGGAAAAAAACCUGCCUUGCUUUGACACUGUCAUAUGUUUACAUGUUGUCCUGUACACUUGAGGAAAGGAACACCAGCCCUUUUGGCCUAUUGGAAUGAUUGGUGGAUCUCACACCAGAAUUUUGGGAAGAACAAGGAGGAAAUGAGCUUCUGCAAGAACUGAGCUGUGGAAAAUGAGUCCUUGGCUCUUACUCUGCUGCAGGAGAACGUUGCUGUCAGGGCUGUGUGUGUCUCCUAAAAUCCUGGAAUUUGGGAACCUGGAAAGAACCCAUCAGGAUCCUUGAGUUCAACUCCUGGCCCUGCACAGAAACCAAGAACCCCACCCUGUGCCCAAGAGCAUUGUCCAGACACUUCAUGAGCUCACACAGGCUCAGUGCUGUGACCAUUGCCCUGGGGAGCCUGUUCCAGUGCCCAACCACCCUCGGGGUGAAAACCAUUUUUGUGAUAUCCAACCUAAACCUGCCCUCACUCAGCUCCAGCCGUUUCCUUGAGCUCUGCCACUGGUCACAAGAGUGAAGAGAUUGGUACCUGCCCCUCUGCUGUCCCUCAUGAGGAUGCUGAAGACCCAAAUGAGGUCUGACCUCAGUCUCCUCCAGGCUGAACAGACCAAGUGACCUCAGCCACUCCUCAUACAGUUCCCCUCCAGACCCUUCACCAUCCUCAUGGCCUCCUUUGGGUGCUCUCCAAUGGCUUAAUGUCUGUUAGAUGUUGUGGUUCCCAAAACUCCAGGACAAUCCCCUUGCUUUCCUGUCUGGUGAUGCUGGGCCUGGUGCCCCCAGGACAUGGUUUGCCCUCUGGGUGUCAGGGCACUGCUAACUCAGAUCCAGCUUGCCACCAAGCAGGAGUUCCUAGACCCCAGUGCAGAAUGUUUUAACUCCUCGUGGUUGGUGAUUGCCCAUCUCUAAUUUGUUGAGGCCUCUCUACCCUUGAGGGAUAUGACAGCUCCUCCCAAUUUAGUGUUUUUUGCAAACUUAAAAUUCUUCCAGUCCUGUGUCCAAGUCAUUCAUGAGGAUGUUGAAGAGCACAGGGGUGAGGGUGGAGCCCUGCAGAACCCACCAGUGAGCAGUGCCAACCUGGUGUCACCCCAGUCACUGUCACCCUUUGUGUCCAGCCUGUGAGCCAGUAGCUCACCCAUCAUGGAACACCAUUAACCAGCUGUGGACUGGACAGUUUGUCCAGAAGGUCACUGGGAGAGACAAUACCCAAAGUUUUGCUGAAAUCCAUGAGAUGACAUCCACUGCCUUUCUUAGAUCAGUGAGGUGGGUCACCCUGUCACUGAAGGAGAUCAGAUUCAACAAGCAGGACUUUCCUUCCUGAAGCUGUGCUGGCUGUGAGUGAUGCCUGCACUGUCCUCCAGGUGUUUCUCAGUACUUCCCAGAGUCAUCUCUUCCAUGAUUUGGCCAGGCACUGAAGUGGGAGUGACAGGCCUGUGGUUUCCAGGGUCCUCCUCUUUGAUAUUGAAAACUGGGACAUUUGCCAGCUUCCAAUCAGCUGGAACCCCCUCUGGAUUCCCAAAACUGCUCAAAAAUCACGGAGAGAUUUUGCAAUGACAUCAGCAGCAUCUUGAGGAUUCUCAGAUGAGUGCCAUGAGCUCCCAUGGAUUUGCAGGCACCCAUGUGGAGCAGCAGAUCCUGCUGCUUUGGGGUCAGCUGGAAGUUGGACAUUUUCACAGUCACAGUCCUCCAGCUCAGGGCACUGAGACCCCUUUGGUCCAUCAUCUGUGCUGAAGACAGGCAAAGAAACAUUAAACACUCUGCCAUGUCCAUGUCCCUGUUUGUGAGGAGACCAUCCUCAUCCUGGAAUGGGCCAGUGUUAUUUCUAAUUUGCUUUUUGCCAUUAAUAUAUUGGAAAAAACUCUUUUUUUAUUUCCCUCACGAUUCUGGCCAGUUUUGUCUCCAGUUGAGCUUUGGCCAUGUGAAUUUUCUCCCUACAGUGGCAGCAGCAUUUCUGUAUUCUUCCCAUGCCACCUGACCUUGCUUCCACUGGGCAAACACCUUCCUUUUUCAUCUUAUUUCCAAGAGAAGAUCCCUGUUCAGCCAAGGAAGGGAAGGUGAAUGCCCCAAGCACUGAAGCAAUCUCAGCAGAGGUGACCACCAGCCUGAAGCAUCUUUUGUGGUCUGGAUCUGUGUGCUCCAUGCACACACCUGAGGUGCAACACCUGAACCAGCAGCAGUCCUUCUGCUUCCACCCUGUCAGGGUGACAAAGCUGCUCUAGCACCUUGUGAUGGGAAGCUCAGUGGAGCAGGAGGAUCCUGGAGUUUCUUGCACAGCAAAAACUGUGGCAGGAAAAAGCAUUUGCCAGUGCUUGCAAUCCUGCAGGUGUGAUGUUUAGCACAAGGCAACUGCUGACAAAGUCUGGCUCUGGCAGGAUCACAUGUGUGGGCUUGGAGCACCAAACACUUCUGGGGCUGUGGGCUCACUCAGGCCAGUGCAGUCCACAUCCCCCAAUGGCUUCUCUUUGGGGUUGUACAUCCAGACCUUUCUGAAAGAUGCAGUGCCAAUUUUAAAGGACUGAGGAGGGGGACAUGUUGUUGUUUUAUGCUUUUUAAAAAUGCAAUGUGUUGUUUAAGUCUGUGUGGAUGCAUUUGUAUUAUGCCAGGUAAAGCUCUUGUCCCCAAGGGAUCUUUUGGAGCUGCUGGUUUGUUCUGUUAACAGGGGCUUGUGCUGGUGGUGUCUCUGUGUGGCUGAAGGUGCUGCCAGGAAAUCUGAAUUUUCCAUGGGCUGCUUCAGGGGGUACUCUUUGAGCCCUUUGAGGUGGGUACAGAACUCACUUCAGCUGUUCUUUGAGAGAGAAAACUUGUCAGCAGAAGUGCUGUGCAUGUAGGAAACACACAGCAAUGCCCAGGCACUGAUGAAAGAGCAAAUUAAAGAGAGAUUAAAGCCUCAACUGUGACUUUCUUAAACGUGUUGGGUUUGGUGGAACCUGGAGUGUUGCUUUUCUGGGCUCUCUGAUCCAUUUUUAACCUUGUCUGUUCCUAUUUAAACACUCCUGGACCAUAUCCUUUUGUAUAAAGGAAUCCUAAAUAUGUUGUUUUGGGAUCUCUGUUUUUGAGUCUUUUGUGCCAGUAAGAGCAGUGUGGUGGUGGGGAAAGGGAAGUUUUAUUGAUAUAUUUUUGAGCUGUCCAGACUCCCAAAUUUCCUGUGCUAGAUAGCCAGGCAUUAGCAAGCACACUUGCUCUGUAGCCACUGCAGAUUCUUCCACAAGAUCACUUUAAAAAAAUCCUCCAACUUCUCCAACUCCUGGCAUUUCUGGCCAAGGCUGAACAGCCUGGGAGCCUGCACAGACUGUGUGUGUCCUCUCAGAGCUGCUGCUGCCUUUUGGGAUCAUGUGGGGCCUGCAGAGGUGAAGGCUCACAAUGCUCAGCUCUGUCACAGUCCUUGCAGAGCUGUCCCUUCCUCUCUCUGGUGGCUGGGCAGCCCUCAGUGAGCUGCAGCUGCAUUUGACACAGUUUGCACAGUCUGAAAUCCAAUGUGAAAGCUUGAUGGCUGUGCUGGGAGAGCCACACCUCUGCCUCUAGAAGCACAGGGGGAGGAUGCAGUGUGCAGAGCAUUCUGCCAUGCCUGUCAGCUCUUCCAUAGUGUGAAAUAAAGCAAUCCCAGGGGAAGCCUGUGGUGGUGUGACACCCCUCACAGAAAAGCAGCAUGUUUGCAGCAGACAUCAGGAUACCAGCAGCCCUCUGCUGACUGCUCCACAGGGCACUCCCUGCUGUGAAACAGUGUCUGUGCAGGCUUACCUGGCAGUCAGGACUCUGGGAUCUCCAGUUCUUCCACUUCUGGCUUUUACCUGAGCCACUUUGGUGAAUCUUUGAGCAGUGAGGAAAAUCCCUACCUCACAGGGCUGUUGUGAGGCUGAACUGCAGUUGCUGUGUAAGAUGCUUUGAAGCCAUCCACCCACAAAAAUGUUCCAUUCAUCCUGAGCAACCUGAGCCUUCUGAGCCUGGUGGGAGCUUUUUGUAGCAGAAAACAUUGGGGAUGUUGUUCAACACUCUUGGCCACGUGGUGUUCUGUGGUGGCCCUUCCAGAAUUGCUGUGUGGUCCAUAAAUUGUAGCAGAACAAGACUUGCUGUUUUCACCAGGGUUGAGCUGUUGCUGUUCCAUGGCCUGCUCUAAACAGGGGGUGCUGCUAGAGCAGGAUCUGGUUGUAAAUGGGAGGAGAUGCAAUUUUCUCAUCAGGGAGUCAGCUUCUCUGGCCUUACAGGAGUGGGGAGAGCUGGUGCUUCCCAGGCUGGCUGAGGGAGGAACAGUUAAAAACUGUGCUCCCUUUGUGCCUCACUCUGUGGGAAGCUGGCUGGGGACAGUGGGCUCUGUGCUCUCAUUUCUCCAGGCUUGUGCUUCCUGGGACAUCCUUGUCUCUUGUUCCAACCCUGCUGCUUUUGUACUCUGGAGGCUCUGGAUGCAGCUGGUGCAGCACCCUGUGCACCCCUCAUUUCCUUGAGGAGAUUUCCUCUUUUCCUGGAGCCCCAGAGCAGCAGCACAGCUCUGCCUCACUGCUCUGUUCCCCAGGGCUGGCAGAGAGCCUCGGGCUGGGUGUCAUUGUCACAGUGCCUGCUCCAGGAAAGGUGAUGGGAUUUGGGAGCUCUGCCUGUGCUUCAGAGCCUGGUGACAGCCCCAGGCUGGGAGAGUUCAGGAGGAAAUGAUCCCACACUCCAUCAGAGCCACAAAUGUGGGCAAGAGGCAGCAGUGCCAGCAGCUGUUCCUGCACAAGUGCUGUGGGAGCAGGUGACACCCAGGAGCCUCUGGCAGAGCUUCCUCCCCUCUCAAGCUGUGUGCUGGCUCCAGUUUGUCUUCUCAGUUACAUCAAACCUCUCCAAAUGCUUCAAGGAAGGACAGCAGCCUCUUUCAUAGUUAACCUCUGCUCUCCUUGAGUCCCCAGCCACUGUGGGCUGGGAAAUGAGACUGUUGGCUGAAUCCAGUCUGGAAUGGCUCUGUGGGCACAUUGUAACUGGGAGGUUUUUGGCAUCCCCCUUGCUGAGGGGGAAGGAAAGUGUUACCCAUCGGUGUGACAGUCCCACUGUCAGCUCCAAACCCUGCCACUGCCCUUAGCUGCUUUUAUCACCCAUCCAGCAGAGCUGGGAUACUUGUCUUGUUCGGAUGAUUGUGGUUUUGCUUUUUAUUUUAAAUAAAAUCAAUUAUUUUGCAUUA